AUGGCUGCAUCAAAAUUUAAAGCACUUAUAUCUCAUAAAAAUAUGAAAUCUGAUGGCCAACAUAAGCGACAAUUGAAAUUAAGCGGUCGAUCUGUUUGUCCAAUAUCACCAGAAAUCUUCCGUUUAUUCGAAUUAGAAGUUCUCGAUUUAUCCACCGCACAUAUUUCCGGCUUAGACUUUCGUCUUGUUAAUCUUCCGCGUGAAAUCGGUUGUUUAUACCAUUUACGUACUCUUAAUCUCGAUGUCAAUGCAUUAACAUCCUUACCGAAUGAGAUUGGUGAGCUCAAGUAUCUUGAAUGUCUAACUGUUUCGUGCAAUAAGUUACAAACACUACCAUUCACGUUCCGAAAUUUAAAACGAUUGGAAAGUUUACAUUUAGCAUCGAAUUGCUUUCAAGCCUUUCCGUUGGUCAUAUGUCAUAUGGAAAGAUUAGAAUUCCUCGAUUUGAGUUGUAAUCAAAUCGAACUUUUACCAUCCUCGUUAAUCAAAUUGAAAUCUUUGAAAACAUUGCUAUUGUUCAAAAACAAACUGAAACAAUGGCCCGAACUGCUUUGUAAUCUCACGCAGCUACAAACCCUAUGGCUAGGAAAGAAUCAGUUGCAAGAAUUACCGAAUCAUUUCGGACAAUUGACGCAUCUAGACUGGACAAUCAAUCCAUUGUCGACAAAUAUCGAUGAGAAUCCUUUAACUUAUCCACCUUUACUCACCUGCAAACUUGGUAUCGAAGCUAUACGCAACUUUUUACAAGAUGAAUUGUACCCUGACUAA